UAUUUCAAAGUUUAAUCAUUUCGUUGGUUAUUGUGGCAUAUAUUUUCACAAUUUUCAAAUUCAUUCAUACUUAUCUUUUUGCUGUGGUUAAUGUAAUGAUUACGAAUUGAUUUGUUGCAUUUUACGUUAUAAGUUUCUAAGAAAAUGGAAAACCCACUAGUUGUAUUCGACUUAGUUGAGUUUACUAUUCUAAUUGUUGCCCAUUUUUUAGGUAAACGUAUGUGACAGAAUAAAUAUCAAAAAAAUUAUUUUUGUUUUCCAUCGGUUUCUUACCAAACAAAAAGGGUUUAAAGAUUUUGUUGGAUUGGGGAAGUAUUCAACAUUUUUGUUCUGGUAUCUUAUCUUGUUAUGCAAUUGCUUCUGGCAUGGUUUGAAGUAAUUUCUGUAUUAAGCAUUAUUGUCUAUCAGUUGCUGUUUCAUGCCCUAGCUUGAGCUCAAAACAACAACAUUAGGGCAUUGGACGAAUUUUUAUUAGCCUUGGAAUUUGAUGUAGAUAAAAGUUUUGCUCAUAUAUAUAAAUAUGAAUUUGGCUGCUUAUAAACAUAUAUGAUCUAGAUAUAGGAAAUUUUUUUUAUUUAAUUUUUUUUAUUAAUAAGGUCAUAAGGAGACCGAGCUACUAUUGAGCCACUAUAGGUCAAGGUUUACCUUCUGCUUCCCAACUAUUUUAUUUAAAUCCCAAGAUUGAAAUCAAGGCCUAUUUGAGAAAUUAGUCAUGACUGGGUAAGAGCUCAUUUGAGUUUGGUUGGCUUGGUUUUGUGAGUGGCCACUUUUCUUGUAAGAUCUGCAAUAAUUAGAACCUAAUUGUUGUAUUACAUCUGGCAUUGGGAUAUGGACUGAGACUUGAGAACAGCAAAGGAAGUUGAGAUGAAAAGUUGUUUUCAGACAAUCUUAUUUUGUUGACCAUCUUAGAUGGGGAAAAGUUUUGAGAAGUUGCAAGGGUGUUACCUAAAUUAUAUGUUGAAAUGAUUUAACUAUGAUAUAAGUUUUGGCAUCGAUGACUCUCCUAUGAGGUGCAUCCUGCACAAUAUAUACCAAUGAAGGCAGCCUGUAUAUCUCUGCUGAGAACUGAUGCUACUGUUAGAGAUUUACAUUCAAUUGAUUGGAGCAAAGCCCCAGUGAGCUGCAGCGUGAAGAUUCCAUCAGCUCUUUUCAGGGUCCCCUUCUUUGUUCUAGGAAGUCCAAAUAUAACACUCUUCAUGUAUCAUACUGGUUAUCCAAAAGAUCUUGGGCCAUCACGGGUUAUUCAUUUUACCACAGAGCGUGAGUUUGUCCAGCUUCUACAUCAAGGUCACCCUGUGGUGGUUUCAUUUACCAUCAGAGGUAAUUACACAAAACAUCUUGACAGAGUGUUGGAGGAAGCUGCUAUUGAGUUCUAUCCACAUGUUGAGUGUCCAAAAUAUCCUGGGUUUUGUAUGACACGGCAGAGGAAGGAAUAUCCAUUUACAGAAAUGUUUCAUAGCCCAGAACAAGCAGCUAGUCAAGGAAGGGUUGCUGAUCCAAAUACUACAAAGUACUCGGUAAAAGUUUUACCUGUGAGUUUUGGGUUUGUCUAUUACAUAGCUAUUAUCAAUUUAACAAGUUUACUCUCAUUUUCUAAGCUCAAAUUGUUCCUUUUGCAGUUUCAAAAUGCAGUUUUUGUUUGUUUGGCCUUCAAAUGUUCAGGAGUCGAACUUCUUAAUUUACAUAGAAUUUGAAAGUCCAAGGGUAGAGUUUUAGGCAUCCCGUCCUAAACCGCAGUUGAUUUUAAUUGAUCCUUUUGUCAUUUUUGUCCUAUUUAAACUUUACUUAAAUCUUGUGUUCUAGAAAUAUAUGCAUUUAGAGAUAAAAAAAACCGAUUUCCAAAAAUUGCAACGCCUAUCCUCUGUUUCUUCUGUGGAAAAUAAUAAGAAAGAAAACUCUAAUGUGUUUAGGAUAAUAAAGCUCUGCUACACAUGGGAAAAUUAUACUGUUAUAUGCAUUGCAGGACUAGACAAUAUGUCCACGGAAUUUUGUUCUGUUUUAUUUUAUUUUUUAAGCUGGGCAAGAUAUGGGAACAAAAACAGUCAAUUAAACAUAACAGAAUGUUCUUAAUCUAGAAUUAUAUGAAGCAGAAAAUCAGAUAUGAUGUCAUCUAAAGGUAAGCCAUAAUAUCACACUAGCUCAGAUCUGAGCUGUCCCGGAUAGAUGACCAAACUUUAGUAAAUCCACCUGAAUUAGAGCUCCUGUAUCCUCGACAUCCACCUGAAUGGACGUUGGUAAGAUCUUUCAUCAACUAGGUUUAACAGAAAGAAAGUUCCAAGUCUGCAUCUUGAAUUCUGUGCUUAUAACACCUUGUGUAUGAGUCCUGUGUUCUGGAUUUGCAUCCUCUUUAGCACUCUUAAUGGAUAAUCUCUGACUUCUCAAGGAAAUUAGUAUAGGGGCUUAAACACCCCAUCUGUUAUAAUAUAUGGGUAAGAUUUAUUCAUUUAAGGGAUGACCAAGCAAUCCUAGAUUGGUGUUAUAUAUAAUAUAGCUUUCCUUUUGAUUCCCGAUUCUUGUAUCCUUUUGUCUUGGAGAAUAUUGAACUGAAUGAUGAUUUUUUUCGAGUGGCUGACUAUUAACUAUCAGUCUCCUUGGCAUUGUUGGCCAGCAUUUCUUUUUUCCUCAAGUAGAUCAAAGAUAUAAUUGAUAAUCAUUGUUGGCGAGCAUUUAAGUAGUAGUUUUCCUGCUUCUGAAUGCAAUAAAAGUACUUCCAAGGUGCUAACUAAACCAUAACAUCAACGAGGCCAGUAAGAAGUUUCGAUCUUAUCUGAUUUAUUUUCUCUUUCUACUAUUUUCCAGUUUAACUAUGACCUCAGUCCCUAUGGUUUCAGAGAAUUUUUCAAGCGUCAUGGCAUCCAAUCAUCUGAUCCAAAAUGAAACUUGGCGGGGAACUAAUUUGAUAUUGUAUUUAAUUGAGUUAGAAGGCAUACCAGUUUUUGGUUGAUUGUGAUUGAAUUUGUGAUAUUCCUUGCAGAAUCUGGGCUUUGAGCUUUGUAACAUUCCUAUGAAUGUCAUAUGUUUUCUUUCUUGUUAA